AUGCAUAAUAAUAAUAAUCGUAACAAUAGUAAUCGUCGUAAUAAUUGUUCUUGUCGAAUAACAACGAAUAAUAAUACAAAUAACAACAACUCAUCAUGCGUUGUUCAAAUGUCAACUACGUCAUCAUCGUCAACUCUAUUAUUACCAUUAAAUAAAAUUCAAUUAACAAAUGAACAAACUGAUAAAUUGAAAACACUUGUAGAUCGUCCAAUAUCCAUUUAUCCUACACAAUCAUCUCAGACACAUUAUCCACAAUUGUCUAUUAUACCAAAAGACUUUAUUCGUCUAAUAAAAACAAAAUUUUUGUUAAAUAAUAUUGAAAUUGAUAGUAUACGUUUAAAUGGUGGUGCAGCAUCAUAUGUGAUAACAACUAAUAAUGAGUUUGUCUAUCGGGAUUUAGAUAUAUUAUUUUUUGUCAGAUCCCCAUUGAAUAGUGAACAAAAAACAAAUUUAUUUUCAAAAUCUGAAUCACAUAUAAGCGACGUAUGGACAAUAAUUAAAUUUAUUGUAUGUGAAUGUUUACUAUCAUAUUUUCCAAAUAAUUAUUCAGACAAUUAUUCACACCAUUAUAUAUCAUCGUUGCUUGAUACAUAUUCAAAUAAAAAUGUAAAAAUAACGCAUGACAAUGACUCAUGGGCAUUAUUAUCAUUACAAAAUUUAUCAGGACAAAAUUUAGAAUUAAAAUUUGUUGAAAAAUUAAAACGUCAAUGGCAGUUUUCAGUUGAUUCAUUUCAAAUUGCACUCGAUCCAUUAUUGUCUAUGUCAUCUACACCAAUAAAACAAGAAUUUAUUUUUCCUAGUGCAAAAUCGAUAUUAACAAAGUGUCCAUCAAUAUCAUCGAUAACAAAAACAAUAACAACAAAAAAUUUAACUGUACAAGCAAUUAACGGUUUGAAUAUAAUCAAGAAAGAACAAGUUGAUCAUAAUGAAUAUGAUGUUGACGAUGCUACUGUGCAAGAACUGACAUUCGGAUUUUUUACACCACCUUCAAGAUCACCCAUUCUAUCAGCAUUAUAUGAUAAUAAUGAUAAAGAUGAAGAAGAGGCAGACAAAUAUCAAACAUAUUCAACAACAUUAGCGACAAUAACCACAAUAUCAAAUAUUCUAGUGAAUUGUGUUGAAUCGACAAAGGAUGAUGAAGAAAGUGUUCAAAAUGAUAAUGUGAAAGAGUGUAACGGUGAUAAUAAUAAUUUAUUACAAUUUCAUAUAUCCGUGAAUGAAAAUGAUAGCAGUGAUGAUGGAAUCGUGAUGGAAGAAGAAGAUGAAGAAGACGAUGAUAGUAUUAAAAAUGUAUUAAAACCAUCUUCUCCGUCAACUAUUUGUGUUCCAACAAUGAAAACAAUAAUACCAACAUCAAAUGAUCUAAUUAUUGAUGUUUACAGUGUUUAUAAUGAUAUUGGUACGGCUAUUAAUCAUCUUAAUAAUAAAUUGAUCUCAACCUAUGAGCCAGAACAAAUGCGUGGUGGUGGGCUAUUAAAAUAUUGUAAUUUAUUAGCACGUGAUUUUGUACCGGCUGAUCGUGCAACAUUAUCAAAAAUGGAAAAAUAUAUGUGUUCAAGAUUUUUUAUUGAUUAUAAAUCGUUAGAUGAACAGAUGUACAUUUUACGUAGUUAUAUCGAGUCACAUUUUGAUUUAACAAAUUAUUUAAAUUAUCAUAUGUGUUAUUUGUUUUUGGAAUAUUUAGCACGAACGAUAACUACAUCGACUGUGUGUCUAGUUAAAGAUGAUAAAAGCGCAAUUUUAGAUCAUAUUCAUCAGUCAAAACGAGCAUAUCUUGAUCAGUAUAAACACUUAUCAUCACUAAUUAAUAAUCGUACAGCAAUCAAAUUUCAACAACAACAACAUCAUACUCAUUCAUCAUCAUCCAGUGCUAGUUCAACAUCAUCCGGUUCACGUUCAUCAUCACCACAACGAAAUCGUUCACAUAAUAAUAACUAUUAUUAUCAUCAUCGAAAUCAAUACUAUUAUACCGGUUACAACAACAACAACAACAACAACAUAUUUUAUAAACGAAAUCAAAUAUCAAAUAUGAAUAUGAGACAACAAUAUAACAGAUUUGAACAACAAGAUUUUGAAAGGAAAUGUCAAUCCUGA